AUGUGCCCGUACCACUGUGCCGUGGGGGAGCUGCUGUGCUCAGGACUUGUAGGUCUGGAGGUACAGAGCUCCGAAGACAGAGCUGCCAUGAUGACCAUCGAGCUAGCUUUUUUACUUCUGGUCUUCUUCGGGGUGACCAUCUUCGGACAGCAGCUCAUCUACUGGAGCAUGUACAACGCUAGAAGGGCAGAAGAGGCACUGUCCGCAGCAGUAGAAGCUCGUCAUGGCCUCAUCGAGAAGCUGUGUGAUGCCGAGAUCGAGUUGUCUGGUGAGUUAGGUCUGCUGGAAGCAAGCCCAUCCUUCCGAGCCAUUGUCGGUGUGGACUUGGCCGAAUGGAAAGGGACCUUCCUGGACUUCCUGGUAGCUGGAGAUGUGCAGCGCGUCAAAGAGUUCCUUCAGAACGCAGGUAAGCAAGGGGCCAGCAGUUGUAUCCACGCCACGCUGAAACGACGUGAUGGUUGUGGCAUUGAGGCACGCUUCUACCAUGCGGAGCAAUCUGGCCGGUCUGAUGCUUGCAAACACCGCUUGGCCUUGCUGGUGUUGAGCAACACGGAGUCUUGA